CCAACAUGUAAGUCUUACAAAUGUUAACUUUCUGACCUUUUACAGGGAAUUAUCGUGAUGCAAGCUUUAGUGUUAAAAGACUUAUUUAAAUGUCAGGAUGCAUCUUUCAAAAAACUGUAUUUUACACGAAUGGACUUACUGAUUCAUUUUACGCAAAGAAUCCAAAUAAACGCUAAAACAAGCUGUACAUAGAACGACAGUUAGGAUCAAUAAGAACAAAAUGGAAAAGGUAUCGGUUAAUAAUUAUAAGCACUGUAAAUCUGACUGAAAUAACAUUCAAACAAGAUGUAAGUAUGAAUAAAAUAUCAGUGUGCUUGAAAGGCGGAAAUGUUGAAUUACAUUGAAAGUAUUCGUUUUAUGUAAAACACGAAGUCAUGGUGGUGCAACAAUAUUCAUUUCCGGAUUAUGUUUAACAUUGGAAUGAACACAGCUAGCUAUUAGUGGAUAUAACGAUCAACAAUAAACGACAAAAGUCGUCAAUAAUUGCCAAAUAAACACUGCAUUGUUAUAUUUCUUAGCAUAUGAAGAGAAUCACUCGGGUAUUAUUGAUCUGUCAAAGGAUUACUAAGCAGAUUGAAUGAAAUAUAACAACCAGUGAUCUUCGAAUAGAUAUGUAACUUGUCAAUUGAUUGGUUAACGCAAUCGUCCAAUGACCUUUGGAGAUACAAAUGUAAAUAUUAUUACUAGACAUCAACGUUAUUUACAAAUGAUUAUUUAAAAUGAAAAUGAUCAUGCUUGGUUUUAUUAAGUGGAGGAGUCGUCAGUUGAUAUAACAAGAAGAUUCUGUAGAAAUUACAGAAAUAUGCCGUAAAUAAACUUCAGAAUUAUGAAUAGUAUUACCGACAAAUAUUCUAUGCAAAUAUGAAAUGACUUAAUGCUUUACAACAGGAAUAUUAUCCAGCUUGGCAUUUCAAAUGGAGAAUAAAAAUAAAAUGAAAUAGGAAAUAUUACAUAAAAAAAGUGACAGUUUAUCAUAUUCUACAGUUUUUAGUCAGGCAUGGAAUUAACAACAUUUUACAAUACAACUUUCCAAGAAAAUAUCACGGAAACACCGCAUAAAAUUGGUGGUCCCCAAAUCAAAAGCUUGGGACAUUUAGUCAGCACUUCCGUUGUAUUAGGACUAAUGAUAUUAGCCACAAUAAUCGGAAAUGUGUUUGUGAUAGCCGCAAUUAUUCUGGAGAAAAACUUGCAUAAUGUUGCGAACUAUUUGAUAUUAUCUUUGGCUGUAGCGGACCUGAUGGUAGCCACCUUAGUGAUGCCGUUAAGUGUAGUGUACGAGGUUAGUGAAGUGUGGUUUUUAGGAGGUGAAGUCUGUGAUAUGUGGAUAUCCUUUGAUGUGUUGUGUUGUACAUCUUCUAUUUUACAUCUUGUUGCAAUAUCUGUUGACCGAUAUUGGGCCGUUACCAACAUUGACUAUAUUAGAAAUCGAACUGCAAGGCGAAUUCUGUUGAUGAUCGCCAUGGCGUGGACAGUUGGAAUGUUUAUUUCUAUUCCGCCUUUGUUUGGUUGGAAGGACGAUGCACCUGCGCCUGAAUUCACGGGGAAAUGUAUCAUUAGCCAAAUAGACAGUUACACAGUGUUUUCAACUAUUGGUGCCUUUUACUUGCCGACAGUUGUAAUGUUAAUUAUUUAUGUUAAAAUUUUCCAAGUAGCAAGAUCUAGAAUUCGGCGGAAAAACUUUCAUAAAAAACAAUAUGCUGCUAACAAGAAUGUUGACGAUCUUGCAAAAAGUAGUCUUUUAAAAGCACCGCCAUCACCUAUUAAUGGACAUACGUGUUCAACAGACAUAACGUUGAUAAACGAAACAUCGUGCAAUGGAAUGGUCAACGGAAGUUCAGACAAGAACGACAACUCAAAAGUUCAUUCAGAUGCUUUGGUAGAACAAGUGCCAACACCGAAGGGAGAUUCUAUUGCUGCUAAAGCUAAACGCGCAAAGGAAAAAUUAGAAAUGAAACGUGAGAGGAAAGCAGCUCGGACUCUUGGAAUAAUCACAGGUGCAUACAUUGUUUGCUGGUUGCCAUUUUUUCUGAUAGCUUUAAUUGGACCUUUAGGACAAUAUGAAUUUCCGCCUGCUUUACAUUCGAUAGUGCUUUGGUUGGGCUAUUUUAAUAGUUUGCUGAAUCCUAUAAUUUACACAAUUUUUAGUCCUGAGUUUCGACAUGCUUUUCAUAAAAUAUUGUUCGGCAAAUACUCACAAAAAUCGCAGAGAUAAAGUUCACAUCAUUUCAUUUUAUUUAAAAUAAAUUUUAUGAUCAGUAUAACAAACUUUCGCAUUACUUAUUUAUCAUUAUACCUUUAAUUUCUUUUUUUAUGAUUUUAAUGUUAUGUAUUUAUGAAUAAUUCUAAUUUAACGAUAAAUUGAUCAAAAUAUAUGCCAUUUCUACAGAGCUUUCUAUUUCCAAUAUGCAUAAUUGACUAUUAUGAAAUCAAAUAACCUGCUAAGAUCAAGAAAUAUAUACAUAACAAAUGUUUCAUAAAGUCCGUAUGUAUAUUCCACAUGCCAUAUAUUCAUAAAAUAUUGUUUUUCAUCACGGAGGCAUCAAAUUAAUGUUGUUUGUCAUUAUUGAUUAACAUUGUAUGCAUUCAUAUAGAUUUCUGUGAAAGGACAAUCCCCCUUAAUCCCACUGAUCCAGUUACAUCAGAACGUUCGCCAUAAACUAAUUCGUGUCUUUCUCUUUUCCAUAAUAUCUUUUUGGUCCUUAUUGUAUAAAUUGUUUUGAAAAUUAUCGUUGUACUUUUAGCUCAUCUGCACUCUUGUAUAGCUUUCCUUUUAUGAAACUGAAACAUGGUAUGCAUUUUGGUAUCUGAAUAUUUAAACUUUGGCUCCUUGAUCUUGAUUUUUAUUAUAUAAGAAAUCCGAAAUUACAUAUAUAACGAUGGGGAGUAAAAAUUUGUAUUAACAACUUAAAUAUAUGCUAUUUAGAACCCUAAAAUCUUCAACCAUUUUUCCUUAAAUUCUGCUUCCUUCUUAUUCUAUUUAUGGCGUCUCGUGAAUUGUAUGUCCAGUAUUUUUCAGGGUUUCACAGUUGUGCCUAUUGUGUAGUCAGAAUAUCUGCAAUUACAUGCACAUCUGUUCAAAAAUACAUCAUGCGCCACAUUUUGGAAUUCUGUUUACAGAUUUUGAAAAUACGGUAACGAUACAACAAAAUAUUAAAAAGGAUAACUGUUAUUGCCAUGAGCCAAAAUUGUUAAACAGUAAACUUCUUGUUUCUGAACAGUUAAAGGAUUUCAACUAAGCUCAAUGUAUGUCUCACCGUGAAACGUGGUCAAUAAAUAGGGUUCCAUGGUAUGUCUCACCGUGAACACAUGGUCAAUAAAUAGGGUUCCAUGGUAUGUCGCACCGUGAACACAUGGUCAAUAAAUAGGGUUCCAUGGUGGUCUUUUUAAAAUGAACUAUCUCAUACAUUAAAAAUAAGAAUUAUCCGUGUACUGAUUAAGGUCUUGAUAAACGAUACAGAUUAAAUAAUCUUGUCUAUUAUUGACCAGAAUGUCUUGCAUUCUGCUAGUUUUAUUCUAGGUCACUUACGCGCCAUCUUCUGUUUUCAUGAUCAGUUCUAACGCAUAUGCAAAAUAUCUUCAGAAGUUAAAUGAAAG